AUGAGUAUCGAAGCCCCUGCUGCUGCAACAGCAGCAGCAGAUACUUCUGCUGCUGCUGCUGCUCCUGCUGCUGCCGUUGCUGCUGCUGCUGCUCCUGUAUCUGUUCCCGGCAGCAAACCGUGGACCUAUGAGAGAUCGUUGCUGCAGACAGGGACAUCUCUCCUCCCUAACUGCAGCAGCAGCAACAGAAACAACAAAGGCAGCAACAGCAGCAGCACCAACAGCAGCAGCAGCAGCAGCAGCAGCAGCAGCCUACCUGGUGUCCCCUUUAUUAGCCGCAGCUCUGAGCUGCUGCGGUUGUUAGAAGAGGAGACAGAAAGGGAGACAGCCUUCCGUCUUGCAUACCUACACAACAGCAGCAGCAGCAGCAGCAGCAGCAGCAAAGGCAGCAGCAGCAGCAGCAGCUACUUUGGCACUGGUGCGAAGUAUAGAGGCAUCAGCACCAACAAUAAUAGCAGCAGCAGCAGCAGCAGCAGCAGCAGCAGCAGCAGCAGCUCUGCUGUCAUUGGAGCGAAGUACAGAGGCAUCAGCGCCUUCGGAAGAAUCAGCAGCAGCAGCAACAGCAGCAGCAGCAACAGCAGCAGCAGCAGGAGGGCAGCUGUUGCUGCAGCAGGUGUCUCCUCUAUCCCUCAGAUGUCUCCUUCAAGAUAUUUUAGUCGUCCCUUUUCCCUGUCUCCUUCUUCCUCAUUAUUUAGCAGCAGCAGCAGCAGCAGCAGCAACAGCAGCAGCAGCAGCAGCAGCAGCAGAUUCUUACGUGUCCCUGCUGCUGGGGAGACAAUUACUAAGACAAUAAAGGGACUAGAGGAGACACUAUAUAUUAUAAAUAAUGCAGGAAAAAAGACAAAAAAAGUGUCUCCUUUUGCUGCUCUUCGUUAUAAUAUACAGCUUACUCCUGCUGCUGCUGCUGCUGCUGCUGCUGCUGGUAGUGGUGCUGCUGCAGUAGCUGCAGCAACAGCAGCACACCGACUCAAGCAUGCGCUGUCUCCUAAGGGUGGGGGGGGGCCCCUAUUGCUGCAACGCAGACACUCUAUAGGUACUGCAGCAGAAGGGGCCCCUAGAGCUGCAACAGCAGCAGCAGCAGCAGCAGCAGCAAUAACACCAACAGCUGCAUCAGUAGCAACUGCAGCAACAGCAACAACAACAGCAGCAACAGCAGCAACACUAGCACAGGGACUCCCCCCAACACCGCCACUAGCAGCAGCGGGAUCCCCAGCAGCAAUAACAGCAGCAGGCGGAUCCCCAGCAGCAGCACCAGCAGCAGUGGGAGUCCCAACAACAGCAACAGCAGCAGAAGCAGCAGCAGCAGCAGGAACAGCAGCAGCAGCUGUUAGGGAGGAGACACCGAACACCGUUUGCUGCAGCAGUGGGGCCCCUGUGUCAAUUGGGGGCCCCUCUAUGUUUACUGGGUCUCCUUUUGCUGCUGAUAUGCUGCAGCAGCAGCAGCUGCAGCAGCAGCACCUACAGUACCAGCAGCUGCAGCAUCAACAGCUGCAGCUGCAGCACUUGCAGCAGCAGCAGCAGCACUUUAGGGAUUGUUUCCUUCCUGCUGCUGCAGCACAGCAGCAGCAGCAGCAGCAGCACAUCGAGAGGCAGCAAGCAGCAGCAGGGGAGACAUAUGCAGAGGUGUCUCCUUUUCCUUUAUUAAAGAAUCAUCUCUCUCCUCCCCUGUCUCCUUCCUCUACCUUUAUGCAACAGAGGCACGAGCUGCAGGCAGCAGCAGCAGCAGAAGCAGCAGCAGCAGCAGCAGCAGCAGCAGCAGCAGCAGCGCAGCAAAGCCCACAAACCUGCAGCCCCCUUCUGGGCCCUUGGGGCUGCAUGCAGUGCAUGCAUGGGGGCCCCGCGUUUUGGGGGGCCCCACAGGCACCUCCGCCCCUUUGUCAAUGUUCUGCUGUACCUGCAGCAGCAGCAGCAGCAGCAGCAGCAGAUGCAGCAGCAACUCCUGCUCUAUGCCCCCUUGAUUGGGGAGAAGAGAGGGAAGAACAUAAGAAAGGAGACACUUUAUAUAGCAGCAGCAGAUUGCUGCCUGAUGAAUGCCUGUCUCCUCCUUGCAGCAGCAGCAGCAGCAGCAGCAGCAGCAGCAGCGGCAGCAGCAGCGGCAGCAGCAGCGGCAGCACGAUAGAAGACUUCAAGCAGAGGCUACUGCAGCAGCAGCAGAAACUCAUGCUGCAGCAGCAGCAGCAAACACUAAGAAGCAGACUACGCAGCAGCUCGAUACACAACUACCGCAUGCAGCAGCAGCAGUGGCAGCAGCAGCAGCAACAGUGGAAGCAACAGCAGCAACAGUGGCAGCAGCAGCUGCAGCAGCAACAGUUGCAGCAGCAGCUGCAGCAGCAGCACUGCCCCUGUUGUGCGUAUAUUCAACCUGGGGGCCCCCCUAGGCGUUCCCUAGAGGCCUAUAUUGGGGGCCCCUCUUCGUACCCUGCAUGCGGGGCCCCCCAGUUGCUGCAGCAGCAGCAGCAGCAGCAGAUGCUCAUGCAGCAGCAGCAGCAGCAGCACCUCCUGCAGCAGCAGCAGCAGCAGCUAGCUGCGUCCCUUACUGCUAGGCUAAAGGAGUCUCCUCAUGUCUCUACAGAGAGCUCAACAGCAGCAAUAACUGUCAGCAGCAACUGCAGCAGCAGCAGCAGCAGCAGCAGUAGCCGCAGCUGCAGUGUAACAAGAUUCAGCAGCAGCAACAACAGUACAGCUUGCUGCACCACUGCUGCUGCUGCUGCUGCUGCAGCAGCAGCAACAGGAGACAGAGAGAGCGGCAUAGAGAGACAGAGGCGUCUCCUCUAUAGACGCCUUGAGCAGCAGCAGACCUCCUCUCUUAUUAGUGCUGCUGCUGCUGCACUGCGGCAACAGCAGCAGCAGCAGCAGCAGCAGCAGCAGCAAAGGCAGCAACAAGAACAACAGCAGCAACGAGAGGAACAGCAGCAACAACAACAACAGCAGCAACAACAGCAGCAACAAGAACAGCAAAAACAGCAAACCCAACACGAACAGGAGCAGCAGCAGCUGCAGCAACAGCAGCAGCUGCAGCAGCAACAGCAGCAGCAGCAGGAAGAGGAGGAGGCGCAGCAGCAGCAGCAGCAGCAAGAAGAUUAUCUAGGUGUCUCCUUGUCUCCUUCUGUCCUAUUAAGGAGACCCUUAUCUGCAGAUAUACCUCGUAGAUGUUUUCCUGCUGCUGCUACUGCUGCUGCUGUUCUUGCUGCUUCUGUUGCUGCUGCUAGGGCACAGAGACACCAGAGAAGGAGACAAAAGGAUAGUGGAGGCGAACCACCUCCAGCAGCAGCAGCAGCAGCACGUGCUGCUGCUGCUGCUGCUGCUGCUGCUGCUGCUGCUGAGGCGCGUCAGGAUAGCAGCAGCUCUGUGGCGUCAACAGCAGCAUCAGCAGCACCAACAGCAGCAGAACCAGAAGCAGCAGCAGCAGCAGCAGAAGCAAAGGGCGAAGGAGGAGGAGGAGCAGCAUCAGGAGCAGCAGCAGCAGCAGCAGCAGCAGGAGAGGAGGAAGAAUAUAUAGAGAGACUGUCUCCUCUUAGCAGCAGGUGCAGCAGCACAGAAGUCUCCUCCUGUCUCCAAAGUAACGAGCUACAGGAUUGUCCCCUCAGGAGACAAACAGUUGCUGCUGCUGCUGCUGCUCAGCAGCAAGAGCAGCAGCAGCAGCAGCAGCAGCAGCACGAGCAGCAGCAGCAACAAGGGAGACAGCAGACAAGAAUUGGAGAGACUGAGGAACAAGAGACAGGCAGCAGCAGAGGAGACAGCUGUAGCUGCAGGACAGAGGGGACAGCAGCAGCAGCCACAGCAGCAGCAGCAGAAGCAGAAGAGGAAGGGUACACAAGUGCUGUUGCUGCUGCAGCAGUUGCAUCAAGACCGCCAGAGAUUGCUGCUAUCUCAGCAGAAGAAGAGGAGACAGCAGCAGCAGCAGCAGCAGCAGCAGCAGCAGCAGAAUUUAUGUCUCUGGAUACAAUUUGCUGCCCCCUUUAUGCAGCAGAAGAGACACUUUCAGAGGAGACUGUGACUGCAGCACCACGGGCAGCAGCAGCAGCAGCAGCAGCAGAAGCAGCAGCAGCAUCUCCACAACCUCUAUUUAGGAGAGACAGUAAAGCAGCAGCAGCAGACGCAGCAGCAGCAGCAAGGGAAGUGUCUCCUGCAGACACAGAAUUUACUUUUGCUUCUGCUUCCCCACCACUACCUGCACCAGCAGCAGCAAAAGAAUCACCAACAGCAGCAGCAGCAGCAGCAGAAUGUGCUGCUGCUGCAUUGCCUCGCAGGCACCGCGUAAACACGGGAAACAGCAGCAGCAGCAGCAGCAGCAGCAGCAGCUACGGGAGCAAUGCUGAGCAAUUGACUGCAUGCUGCUGGUGGUUCCAAGUCAACAGCAACAGCAGCAGCAGCAGCAGCAACAGCAGCAGCUGCAGCAGCAGCAGCAGAUAUGGCAAGACACGUCAUUGCCAAAUUCAGACAGUACCUCUUACAGAGGAGACAAAGGCAGAAGCAGCAGCAGCAGCAGCAACAGCAGCAACUGCAGCAACAGCAGCAGCUCCUUGGAUAGAAGCUGUCCAGGUAGCAGCAACCCCUGAGGGGCCCCGAGCUAUUGUUGUGGGGGGCCCCUUGAAGGGGGGCCCCUCAAGGGGCCCCUUGAGGGGCCCCUCAUCCUUCUUGCCCCUUCAAAGAAAGCAGCAUGAAGCAAGGUUGCAGCAGCAGCAGCAGCAGCAGAAACAAUAUCAGAAGCAACAGCAGCAGCAGCAGCAGCAGCAGCAGCAGCAGGAAGCGUAUAUGGGUCUUGGUAGUCUAUCUGCGGUGUAUAGGCAGGUACUGUCUAUAAGAGCAAAAGGAGACACUUAUAAAAGAAAUAAGUGUCUCCCUAUUAAGAGGCCCCCACCCCCUGAGGCCCUGUUGCUGCAGCAGCUGCUGCAGCAGCAGCAGCAGACACAACGGUCAAGAGCAGCAGCAGCAGCAGCAGCAGCAUCACCAGCAGCAGCAGCAGCAGCAGCACCAGCAAACUCCACAACUCAAAACUCUUCCUCCUGA